AUGUUAUUCACUAAGCAUCCUUAUUUAUCUAUAUUAUUAGUUAUUUAUUACUUUUCUUUUACUCCAUUAAUAAAUUGUUGUAAUAUAUGGAAAGCAUCCGAAUGUCCACAACCUCCAACAGCUGAUGAUGAAGAAAUUUUUAAAUAUGAUUUAUAUACACGUGAACAACUCUUUCAAUUUUGUGAUCAAGGAAAAAAAUAUGCCGAAUGUGUUAAUAAACGACUUCAAUGUUGUGAUUUAAAGAGUGAACAUACAGGUGCAUUAGCUGCUUUUGAUGUUGGUCUUCAACAAAAUGGUUGGAGAUUAGGUAGAUACUGUGCCGGUCUUGGUGGUACUACAAUUAUUCAAUAUAAAUGUAAAACAACAACACUUUCACCAGCUAGAACAACUACAACAACAAGUACAACAUCAUCAACGAUGUCUCCAUGUGAAGUUGAAGAAGCUGGAAAAGAAUGUAAUGAUAUAUUAGAAGAGCGACUUAAAUUUGAUGGAAGUUGGUCUGUACAAGAAAAAAUACAGUGGUGUAAAUCAGUUUCUGAUUAUAUUCAAUGUGCUGGUAAACAUAUAACAAAUUGUUCGAUAAGUGAAGUUCGUGAUGAUGUUGAACAACUUUCAAAUUUUAUGGAAUAUAUUAUGAAACAAGCAAAUUUAAAUUGCCAUGGUGGUUUUUAUGGUUGUGAACAUGCUGUUACUGAUGUACGUUGUCGAUUAAGUGCAAGAAAAUUUUAUAGUGGUGAAGGAUUUGAUUCCGGAUCAAAAAUAUUAACCAUUGAAUGGGUUUUAUUUUUAUCGAUUAUUUUAAUAUAUUUUGCAAAUUCAAAAGACCGUAAAUGGGCAGAAAAUACUGUUUUUUGGCUUAUAGUUAUACUUAAUUUAAGCACUUGGAUAGAUUUAAAUAGCGUUUGGAUUGAAUUACCAUUAAUAGUGAAUACUGCACCAGAACGUUGGACAUUACCUUCGACAUUAUCAUUAAUUAUAAGUCUUGCUAAUGUAUUUCCACUGUUAGUUGUUAUAAUACGAUGGAGAUUAGGUAAACGUUUUUCUGAAAUUCCAUAUAUCUAUGUAAUUAUAAUUGUUGGUGUUAUUGCUUGUUGUUCUAUUGGUGUAUUUUGGAAACAUACAGCAUAUAUAUUUGGUACAGAACGUAGUUUUGCAUUGAUUGUCUCUGUAUUCGCUCUUGGAAUACUUGAUUGUACAUCAUCACUCGUUUUUUGUGAUUAUAUGCGACGUUUUAAAGCUAAAUAUUUACAUGCUAUGUUUUUUGGUGAAGGUUUAACAGCUUCAUUACCAACUUUAAUUGCCGUAGUACAAGGUGUUGGAGGUGAAGCACAUUGUAUAUUUAAUAAUCAAACAUUAAAACUUGAACCUGUUUAUUCACAACCUCGUUUUAGUGUAUCAGUUUUUUUCUUUUUUGUUACGGGUAUUAUAGGAGCUUCUUUGAUUGCUUUUUUGAUACUUCAAAUGACAUCAAUUAUUGAUUUAGCUAAAGCUAAUGAUAAAAUUCAUCGAGAAGAAACUAUUGAAACAUGUGAAAUGUUAUUAAAAGUUAAUGAACAGAUACCUACUAAACGAAAAAUAUCUUUAUCGACACCAAAUUCAAUGACAAAAAAACAAUUUUAUAUUCUUCAAGCAUUGAAUGUUAUUAAUUCAGGUAUUUUAUAUGGUUGUUUACCAGCAUUAAUUACCUAUUCAUUAUUACCAUAUGGUCAAAAAGCAUUUUAUUAUUGUAGUAUUCUUUUUCCUACUGCAUAUCCAUUAUCUGCACUUUAUGCUUUAAUUCGUCCAACAUUAUCAAUAUUUUGGAUUAUUCUUGGUUCAAUAUUUGGUUGCUUAAUAUGUUGUUUUAUAAUAAUUACUGCUUGUCAAAGUCCUUGUCCAUUAUGGGCGGAUACAUUACAUGGCGGAAUUAUAAUGAUUAUUGCUUGGUUUACUUCAUCAUUUAUACUUGCAUAUGUACGUAUUGCUAGUGGAAAUCGUAUUAAAUUAGCAUGGCCAAACGAGAAUGGACUAUUUUAUUUUGGUUUAAGUGUUCAAUUAGGAAUUAUAUUUGGUGUUGUACCAUUUUAUUUACUUAUUAAUGUUUAUGAAGUAUUACAAGAAAGACUUCCAUGUAUGACAUACUGUGUAUGA